GAAAAACUAUUGUUAUAUUUUAUAGUUAAUUACUUAGUUAUAUCAUAUACAAGAGAAAAAUAAUUAAUUUACUUAAGUGAGCUUGGAUGUGUUUUAUAACUUCAGUCUGGUUGGAAUCUAACCUAAUGUUUUGAAGUAGCAUUUCCAUACAGUAACAACAAUGUGGAGGUUUUUGAGUAAAUGUAAAAAACUAGUGCUUGAUGCACCUAAUCAACAGAAAUUAAGGACAUUCUGUACCAAUGGAAAUGUAGAUGUUUCAAAGAUCAGCGGAGGAGAUGAAGCAUUAGAGCAUAAAUUGAAAGUAAUCAUAUUGGAAGCAGAUGUGAUGAGACAGGAUGGUAAAACUGUUCCUUCACCAGAGUUUAUGACCUCUGACCAUUGGUCUGAACUGUUGAAAUUAGAAACACGAUCUUCAAGGAAGAAGUAUUUGCAGUUUCUGUUUAAAGUAGAGAAGAAAAAGGAGGGACAGGCACAAAAAAAAGAGAUAAAAAGAGUUGAAAGGGAAUCUCAAGAUUUUGAACCAAAUGUUGAUGGAGCUAUGAGGUAUGACUUGGGUCACAAUAAUAUAUUCUUGAGAUUCUUUGACAGCACAAUAAACCAUAUGUACAAUAACAAACUCAUGCAAGCGAUGCAAUUUGGACAGAAAAUAGUGAUUGAUUGUGGAUAUGAUGAGAACAUGACUAAGAGGGAAAAUAUUAAUUGUGCAAAACAGCUGAUGUUUUGUUUUGCAGAGAAUAGGAUACACAAUGAUCCAUUUGAUAUACAUUUUAGUAAUUGUCAUUUGGACAGAGAUUUGAUCAAGUAUUUGCACAAACAUAUUCCAACAAUGUACGAUGCCGAUUUCCCUAUGAACAUUCACGAAGCCAGCUAUUUAGAUAUGUUUCCGAAAAACGAAUUAGUAUAUUUAACGCCGCAUUGCAGGGAAGAGUUGAAAGAGUACGAUCAUAAUGCUGUUUACAUCAUAGGUGCAAUAGUGGAUAAGAUUAACAAUGAACCUUUAUCGCUGGCUAAAGCGAAAAGGGAGGGACUUAAGAUGGCUAAAUUACCUCUGGACAGGUAUUUGCAAUGGGGUUCAGGCGCUGGAAAGUCGCUAACCCUAAAUCAAAUGAUUUCCAUCAUGCUGGACAUAAAGACAACAGGGAAUUGGGAACAUAGUCUGAGGCAUGUGCCAAGGCGAAAAUUAGUUAAUCAUGAAAUGCAGCCAUCCAAAUUCAGCAAUUAUAGGCAGACAGAAGUUUCGAAUGUCAAGAAAUCAACAAGUUCCUGGAAACCUAAAGGGGACCCGAAGAAUAAUUUACUUAAUUUAAGGAAAAUUAUGAAUGAAUAAAAAUGU